GAGAAAUAGCAGACAGAGAGCACUAGUCUAGUUCUUGGAAGAAGAAGAAGAAGAAGCAAUUAAUUUAGUUAGAGAAAGAGAGAAGAAAACAUAGAGAGAGAGAGAGAGAGAGGAUAGAUCAUGUGCAGCGGAGACGGUGAUUGCAGGCGUCUGGGGUUCCUAUUAGGCCUCCCCUUCGCCUUCCUUUCCCUCCUCAUCUCCCUAGUCGGUAUCCUCAUCUGUAUCGUCGGGUCGGUGUUGACAUGCAUAUGUCCGUGUUGUCUGUGCGUGACGAUCAUAGUGGAACUUGCCUUGGAUCUCAUCAAAGCUUCUAUUCAUGUCAUGGAGUGGUUCACCUCUCAGAUACCCUGUUGAAUUUGUCUUCUUCUUCUUCUUCUUCCAUAUUAUUAUUCACCAUAUAAUUACAAUAUGUGUUGUACCUUCUUCUGCGUAAUUAAUUAAUUAAUAACAAAAUUUUAUGUUUGAUUAUGGUGCUUGA